AUGGCACCUGCCAUCGACAACUGGUGGCUAUGUGGAUGUGAUGCGAUGCCUGCGCCGAUCAUAGUCCCGUUGAGAUGUCCACUGCUUGCGAGGGGUGUGACAGUUGUCGUUUGGGUAUUAUGGGGAUUGACAAUAGCGGGGAGAAGAGGCGAGGCGGUUUGCACAGCCGUGGUGAUGGGGUUUAAUAGCGAGUCUGGUGGUACAGUCACCGGAGCUUACGGCAGCGGACCACUUGGAGCUGGUGUUGCAUUGAGAUUUGGCCUUGGAUUUCCGAUUAAUGGCGGUGCACCGGAGAUUGGUGUUUGGUUGCCAGGAAAUAGGGCUGCCGGAGUGUCUUCCAUCCCCAAAGGUCCCAUCGGGCGUAUGGGGCUGUGCGGUUGUUCCUACGGCUCGCCCGUCGCUUUCUCCGCCAUGCGUGGUUGUGGAAGGUAG